AUGCCGCUUCAUAUACCUUUUGGUCGGCCUCUUUUAAAAAAAAUUGAAAUAGCAAUCAAACUUUCUUGUUUUAUACAUUUUAUUGGAGAACAUGUUAUGGAAGUUACGAUGUGCAUAGGUCCUUCGAUGCUUCCGACUUUUAACACGGUUGGAGAUCUUGUAGUCUUGGAACAUUUCAGUCCAAAGUUAAAACGGCUUGAAAUUGGGGAUGUAAUAGUUUGCAUUUCUCCUACGAAUCCUUUGAGAGCCGUUUGUAAAAGGAUAAUAGGAAUGCCAGGGGAUCGUAUUUGCAUUGAUCCAACGGUUAUAAAUCGGAAAUAUAUCACGGUUCCCCGCGGGCAUGUUUGGUUACAAGGUGAUAAUAUGAGUAAUUCUACUGAUUCAAGAAGUUAUGGCCCAGUACCUUAUGCUUUGAUUAGAGGGAGAGUAUUUGCAAGAAUCUGGCCUCAGUCAUGUUGGAUAAAGAAUGGAAUGACUCCUCUUCAAGAGUGA